UGCUCAAACAUAAAACUAAAUCCAUUUCUCUACUAGUCGUCUUCGUCUUGACAGUAGGCUUUCCUUUUUUUCCGCCAAUUUGGAGUUCCACAAACACAGGAAAUUUAUAUACAGAGAGAGAGAGAGAGAGAGGAAAAGAACAGUCUCGUGAUUUCCCCCCUCAACUCUCUUCUUCCACUUUCCUCAUUCAAUUUCACCCAUUUCCCCUUUUCUCUCUCUAAAGUAGUAGUAAUUACUUAUGGGAUUUUCUCUUUUCCCCUUCAAACUUUUCAACUUUCUCAAUUCUUGCCACUGAAAUAACACCCAUUUUCUUCUUCUUCUUUGUUCAAUAAAAAUUUAGCUUCCUUUUUUUGCUGCUGAUCUCGUUUCAGAUAAUCGUUGCUGCAUACUGAAUGCAGUGAAGAGGUAGUUGCCAAACUUUUUCAUAUUGGAAUUGAAUAUGAUCAACAACCAUUUUGGAGGUCUUCUAAAUAACUGCUGCAAUAGUGUGCUUCUUUCUCUUCAUACUGCUUUGCUGAGAUGGGUUAGAUAGACUUUACUGGCCACAUCAAACUUCCUUUUAGAUAUGCUUCUAGAAGCAAUGGGUGGUUUGCCUGCUACUUGUGAAAUUACGGAGUCAAUAGAGGAAUUAAAUCCUGAAUCUAAAAUGGAUGAUGAUAUCCUGAACACUGGUAAACAGUAUUGUAUGAAGGAUGAUAUUAACAAACUGUUUGAAGCUAUAGAAAUUAGGACUUCCCAUAGAGGUGUCAAAGAUGCAUUGAAUAAAAGCGCAAUGAAGAGACCAAUGAGAUCUAGCCCCGCUCGAGCAUCAGGUUUUGACAAUUCUGAGCCUGCAAAUUUGAAGCAGGCCUUCAGAGGAUUAUGCAUCUCUCAGGCAUCAGAGCUUGCGGCUGUGAAGAAGCGGUCGUCGAAAGCGUCCAGGCUGUCGGGUGUCUCAGAGACAGGGGCUGCCAAAAGACUUUACAGGCCCAUCGCUGUUCAGGUUAAUGGCCCUGAACAUACUGUCAACGAAGGUAUAGGGAAUUUAGUGGAGAUAUCCCUCAUCCCAGAUAUGAGUAUGUCAAAUCCUUCUGAUAAGAUUACUGAUUAUGAACAUGUGCCCAUUAAAGAAAAAUCUACUUAUGCUACCUAUUCUUGCCAUCUUUCUAAAGAUGCAAUGAAAAACGGUGCAGAAAUAAGUGAAAUUUCAGGCGGAGAUGAGGCUUUUCGACACUCAACCAAUAUUGGUUCGGGUUACUUGAAAGAGGCGUCUGAGCAGAAAGAUGUUUUGGAACUACCGCAUUCUUCAACUGCCACUUCUGCUAAAAAAGUUGAAGCCCAAAUGAUGCCCGCCUCAGAUGAAGCUCCGACAACUGUAAUCCCAGCAGACAAGGAGCAGGCACGAGAUUUUGAUCUUGUUUCUUGCUCAUCUAUUUUUAGUACUGGAAAUAAAGUCAUCAGACCUACUUCUAGCAGUCCAAAUCAGAUGAGACCAGUUUCCAGAAGUAGAACCUUUGUUAAGAAGAAAGUCGCUUCUGUUCUCACCAGCAGUUCCAAGCAAUCUAAUGGUGACAAUGAUUUGAGUUGUAGUACAAGUGAGAUUGCUUGUCAGACACCUGAACAC